CUGCGCCCAACUCUCUCCAAUCUUCCGUACGCACAUACAUUGCUCUGCCCACUGCCGUUGAUGCCACCGCGCACGCGUCUGACUCGCCACAGCACGCCGGAAUCCAAGAUGGCCGCCGAGGAUCUUGAGUGGGAGAGAUCCAAAAUCUCCAAUCAAGACAUCAACACGCUGAAGAGGCUCGGCCUCAUGACGAAGGAGGACGCCAUCCGCUUUCCUAGCGAAGAAAGCUACCCCAAGCCUCCAAUGGAGUAUCGGGUUAGUUUUGUUGAUCACCUGAUCCGCGGCCUUUCAACCCCAAUCCACGAUUUCCUCCGCGGCCUUCUUUUCGUUUAUGGGAUUCAACUGCACCAGUUGACUCCCAAUUCCAUCCUUCACAUUUCUAUUUUUAUCACACUUUGCGAAUGCUUCCUCGGAAUCCCUCCCAAUUGGGCUCUGUGGAAGCGCAUUUUCUGCCUCCGCCGUAAUGGCUCCCACAACGUCACUUAUAACAUAGGUGGCGUUGUUAUCUGUGUUCGGACUGAUGUCGAUUAUUUCGACGUCAAGUUUCCUGAUUCUGUCCAAGGAUGGCGCAAAAAAUGGCUCUACAUCCACGAAGAAAGCGCCAAUUCUGUGGAGCACAACAUAGUUCCUUUUGACGGAAGUGCCAGGAUUCAGCGUCGCCGUUCCUGGGAUGCCGAAGCUUCUGAAGAAGAGAAAAAGGCGACAGAGGCGCUCAUGGCUCGUAUCCGUCAUCUUCAAAACACUCGAGGCAAAGAGCUAUCUGGUGUUCAAAUUACUGCCUACUUCCUUAGGAUUAGAGUGCAGCCUCUUCAGGCUCGCAAAAAUCCCCUUUGGACGUAUUCUGGUGAAAAUGACGCCAACGGAAUCUCCAGUGAUCUUUCUGUAAAGGACUUGGAAAAAUUGGUUCGAAGAAUUUCUCGAUUAGGCAAGAAGGAUCCUAUUCCCUCCUCCUGUCGAGUGGAACCAUACAGUGCUUCCAAUCCUCUUCCCGAGAAUCAUCCUACUAUGGCUUCCCUUCCUCCUCUUCCUGAGGAUGGAGAGGUCGAAGAAAGAGCCGUUGUCGAUGAUGUCAACCAGGAGACCCCCUCUUUUGUGAAUGAACCCGCAGAUUCUCGAAAAUCUGCGGGAUCUACUGAGAAGGAUGCUGCCUCUGAAGAUACAACAUCAGCGCAAUCUCCUCCUCCUGCUGUUUCUCCGAAGAGCAAAAGGAAAAGGAGCAAUGCCGAAGAUUCCGGGACCUCGAAACCCGAAGAAACUGCUCCUGCACCUCGAAAAGCAGCUUAUGAUCCAUACAUCGAGAGUAUCAUCAGCUCGUAGGUUCCUUGCUCUUUUCCUUUUUUAUUUGAAGAAUUUUAUUUUGCCUUGCUUUUUAUGCUGCCACUAUUUUGUCACAGUGAUGAUGAAGAAACACCAACUUUAGAUGUGGCUGCUCGAACGAGCACGUCACAUACUUUAGUUAUUUCAGAAAAACCAG